AUGAAUGAAAAAGAUAUUAGUAGCAAAGAAGAAGAUUUAAGUGCUAAUAGUGAUACUUCCGAGCGUCCAAGGCAUGAUGCUCUUAUUCGUAAGGCUCUAGAGAACCCUAUUGUUGCCCAAGAGUUCUUUGAGAUGCAUCUGCCAAAAGAGAUUAAAGCUAUGUUCUCUUCGCAUACUCUAAAGAUGGAAAAGGAAAGCUUUGUUGAAGCAGAUUUAAAACACUCUAUAUCUGAUAUUCUAUUCUCAGCUAAGUUUAAAGAUGAUACUGGAUAUUUAUGGAUACUUCUAGAGCAUCAAAGUACUUCGGACCACUUCAUGGCUUUUAGGCUCUUUAAGUAUAUGACGGAUAUUGCAGCAAGGCAUUUAACUCUUAAUCCUAAAUCUAAACAUUUGCCUUUUGUAUAUCCUCUUGUGUUCUACAAUGGCAAAAAGAAAUAUAAUGCUCUGAAGAAUAUUUGGGAUCUAUGCCAGCAUAAAGAACUAAUGCAAGAUAUUUGGACUAAAGAUCAUCCGGUGAUUAACGUACAUGAUAUUCCUGAUGAGGAAUUAAAGAAGAAAGCUUGGGCGGGAAUACUACAAUUCUUCAUGAAGCAUAUUCACGAAAGAGACCUACUUAAAAGAUGGCAUGAGGUAUCUGAUCUAUUACCUGAAUUUGCCAAACUGAAUAUCGAAUUAGAAAAAAUAUUAAAGUCGCGUCUUAAUACCGAACAAGGAAAAAAUCUUAUGACUAGCUUAGCUCAUCAUUGGGAACAACAAGGUGUAGAAAAAGGCAUGCAGAUUGGAGAAGCUAAAGGCAUGCAGAUUGGAAGAAAUGAGGAGAAAUAUGAGGUAGCUAAGAAUAUGAUUGCUGCUGGCGCUGAUACUGACUUUAUCGCUAAAGUCACUGGGCUUUGA